AUGUUGGAUUCAGUUCAGGCUUGCGAUCUCAGUCAACCAAAAUCGUUAUCAAAGAGACCAGGGACAUUUCGGUUUCUCACUUAUUUAUAUAGCCAGUUCAGAGAAGGUGUCAGAGAAGGUCUUUGGCUGAAACAUCUCAAAUUUGGAUGUCGAUUUCCCACUGCAAAAGAAGAAUGUAUUACCUAUUCUUUGGAUGUUUCUUUUGAACAGUUAAUACUUAGAUCUGGGUCAUGCAACAUAGGCAUUGUGUUAUCCAAAUAUGGAGUGAAAUUUGUAGAGACGUAUGAUAAGGAAAGCAGUGCGUAUUAUUCGAAAGCAAGAUUAUGGGAUGACGAGAUGGCUUGACUAACUAUGGUGAAAACCGAACGCCGCGGAGCGGGGUUUCCCACCUAUUUUAAUAACACAUAUCUCAGUUGUAUUUAUUCUGUUCAUUUAAUGUUUCAUAUUGGACACACUUUAUUAUGAAUACUUCUAUGUGUAUCUCGAUACUUUGUAUACCUUUCCUCUUGAUGUUUGAUAUU